UAAUAAAAAAUACAUGCACUUGCAUCAACUUCAUAAAUAAACCAAGUCUACUAGCACGCAACAUCAAAAACCGCACUCGCUUACACAAACAAGAGUGAGUGAGUACACUUUGAUAUCUCAAAUUGAAGUAGAGAGCAAUCUUGGUAAUCACACUUACUCUCUUAAAUACACACUUGUUUAGCUCUUGACAUAUUACCACCAGCUCAAAGUUCUAUAAGCUAGCAAAGGGGUGCCAUGGAUUCUAUCAUUUCAAUUGCAGCUAAAAUUUCUGAAUUUACGGUUGCACCUAUUGGACAACAAUUUGGUUACAUAAUAUAUUACAAGGGCAACCUUUUAAGGGUGACAGCCGCUAUCCAAAAUCUGGAGGGAUUAAAAGACAGUGUGCAACACACUGUUGAUGAGGCUAGACGGAAUGGAGAAGAGAUUGAAAAUAUCGUCCAGAACUGGCUGAACAAAGUAAACUACACCAUUGCUGAGGCCAAGAAACUUAUUGACACAGAAGGCCAUGCAAAAGCUCAAUGUUCCAUGGGACACUUCCCUAAUCUGUACACAAGGCACCAACUUAGCAAGAAGACCAAAAAGGCAAUACAAGAGAUUUCUGAUGUCCUAGAAGAAGGAAAAUUUGAGAGAAUUUCUUACCGCACUGCUUCUCAAGUCACAGUCACACCGUUCGGGAGAAGUUAUGAAGCCCUGGACUCUAGGACAUCAAUGUUGAAUGAGAUUAUGCUGGUAUUGAAGGAUCCUAACAUCUUCGUUAUUGGGGUCUAUGGGAUGGGUGGAGUGGGGAAGACAACACUAGUGAAAGAGUUAGCUUGGCAAGCUGAGAAUGAUGGGUCGUUUAGUGCUGUAGUCAUGGCUACUAUCACUGAUUCUCCAGAUGUGGAAAAAAUUCAAGGCCAAAUUGCUGAUGCGUUGGAUCUAACUUUUAACAAGGAAACCAAAGAAGGAAGAGCAACACAAUUACGGGAAAGGAUAACCAAGGAGAAGAGUAUUCUUGUUAUUCUGGAUGACAUUUGGGGGAGACUUGAUUUGGCAGAUCUGGGGGUUCCUUUUGGUAAUGAUCACAAAGGAUGCAAGUUGGUGGUUUCAUCCAGAGAUCUUAAUGUCUUGAACCGUGAGAUUGGCACUCAAAAAGAAUUUAGACUUGAAGUUUUAUUUGAGGAUGAUAGUUGGAAAUUAUUUGAGAAAAUGGCAGGUGAUGUUGUUCAAGAAUUCAAUAUAAAGCCAAUUGCAGAAAAAGUGGCCAAAUGUUGUUCUGGUUUGCCCCUUUUGAUAGUUACAGUGGCAAAGGCUUUGAGGAAAAAACAUGUCUCUGCUUGGAAGGAUGCCUUAAAUGAAUUAGAGAGAUUUGAUGAAGAAGGGUUGCAUAAGAAAGUUUACUCUACUCUUGAAUUGAGUUAUAAUUGUUUAGAGAAUGAGGAACUAAAAUUGCUAUUCUUAUUCAUUGGUUCAUCUGGAGUAAACGAUGUCCACACUGGAGAACUAUUUUCAUGUUCAUGGGGAUUUGGCUUAUAUAAACAUGCUCGCACAUUGACAGAUGCAAGAAACAGAUGCUACAAAUUAAUAAAUGAUCUCAAGGCCUCUUCAUUGUUACUUGAGUCUGAAGCCGAAUUAGUUAGCAUGCAUGAUGUUGUUAGAGAGGUGGCUAAAUCAAUUGCAUCUAGGCUUCAUCUUUUCUAUGGCGUGCAAAGGUAUACUGUACUGAAAAAAUGGCCAAAGAUAGAUCGGCUUCAAAACUUAGAUGCAAUUGUUGUGCCUUGGUCUUAUAUUCACGAGCUUCCUGAAAAGUUAGAUUGCCCAGAAUUGAAACUACUUGUACUUCAAACUAUAGGUGACCAUAUGAAAAUUCCCGAUGAGUUUUUUUCUGUGAUGAGAGAACUGAAGGUUCUUGAAUUAUAUGGGAUGAUGUUGACACCUUCUCCACCUCCUUCCCUCCGUCUCUUGACAAACAUUCAAUCAUUGGCCCUUACUGGAUGUGUGUUAGGUGACAUUUCAAUAGUUGCAGAGCUGAAAAGUUUAGAGAUUCUCAGCCUUGAAAAAUCUGAUAUUACUGACCUUCCAAAAGAAAUCGGACAACUUGCUAAUCUUCGGAUGCUGAAUCUGACAAACUGCUCUCAACUCAGAUUCAUUCCUGCAAAUCUUAUUUCAAGCUUGAAGUGCCUGGAAGAGUUGUACAUGGGAAAUUGUUUUAUCCAAUGGAACGUCAAGGGAAACAAUGAUGAAAGCAACAAUGCAAGUCUAGAGGAGCUAAGUAAUUUGUCUCAUCUAACUACUUUAGACAUAAUGAUUCAAGAUGCUUCAGUUUGGCCAAUGGACUUGCAGGUCUUUGAAAAACUUGAAAGAUACAACAUCUUUGUUGGUGAUAUAUGGAAAUGGUCUUUGUUUAUGGCUGGAGGUGCAUCUGAAUCAUCAAGAACACUUAAGCUCAUGGAGAGAGGGAGUUCAAGCAUUAUUUUGGAUCACGGAUUUAACUUCUUGUUGAAUUCAGCUGAGGACAUGUGCCUAGCCAGAUUACAGUGUGGUAGAGAUGUCCUUUCAGAACUAAACACAGAAGGCUUUCCACAAUUAAAGCACCUGUGCAUCCAAGACAGUGCUGAACUGAAGUUCAUCAUUAACUCAAUGAGGUGGAUUCAUACCUAUCCUGCUUUCCUCAGCUUAGAGACUUUGGUUCUUCAAAAUCUGUUUAAUCUGGAAAAAAUUUGUCAUGGCCCAAUUCCAAUUCAAUCUCUUACCAGAUUAAAAUCUAUUGAAGUCAAAGGUUGUGAAAAGUUGAAGCAUCUGUUUUGGUAUUCCCUCGUUAGUGACCUUCCUCAACUUCUUGAAAUAAAAAUUUCUGAUUGCAAAAUGAUUACAGAAAUAAUAGCUGUGCAAACAUCGGAAGCUAAUACAGAGAUCAACAAGAUUCUGUUCCCCAAGUUGCGUUCUCUUGAACUUGAACGUUUGCCCAGUCUCAUUAGUUUCUGUUCUGUGCCUUUGACAGCUGCACAAUGCACACCUUUGGCACUAAUUGAUAAAAAGGUUGGGAUGCCCCAUCUUGAACUCUUGGAGCUGUCUAAUAUCACCUCUAGGAGAUUGUGGGAUGACAACUUUCCAGGUCAUUCUUGCAUUCAAAACUUGAGGAGUUUGACGAUUGACAAAUGUGGUAGCAUAGCUUACACAUUUUCGUCCUCAGUGGCUAGAGAACUUGUAAACCUGCAAUAUCUUGGCAUUAAUAAUUGCCUGAUGUUGGAAGAGAUAUUUGUCUCCGAUGGAAAUUUGGGCAGUGUAACUUCAACUCAGAAACCAUUUUCUGAUGAUGAGGUUAUAUUUCCAAACUUGGAGACAUUGGAAAUCUCCCACGUGAAACACUUGAAGUCAGUUUGGCCCAAUCAACUAGCUCCAAAUUCCUUCUGCAAACUAAAGCAGUUGAAAAUUGAAUCCUGCCAUAAGUUAUCAAAUGUAUUUCCAUCUUAUGUUCUUGAUAAAUUACAGAAUCUGGAGAGAUUGACUAUAAGUGAUUGUCCUGCACUAGAAGUAGUAUUUGAAGCACAAGGUCUAAAAGCAGACGGGAGUAGACAGAUGAGGCUGGAUAUGAAAUUGAGAACUCUCACUUUGAAAAAUUUACCAUCGCUGAAACAUAUAUGGAAUGGGAAUCCUAAUGAAACCUUCAACUUUCAAAACCUCUGCCUCUUGAAAGUUACUGAAUGCGACAUCCUUAAUCAUAUUUUUCCUCUCUCUGUGGCUAAAGAGCUUCAACAUCUCCAAGGGAUUCAUAUCAAAGAAUGUGGCGUAGAGAUUAUUGUGGCUCAUGAUGAAAUAGCAGACACAAUUCCAAUGUUUAUUUUCCCAAAACUAACGUCUCUAUGUUUUCGAGAGUUGCCACAACUUCGAAGCUUCUACCGUGUAUCACAUACCUUGGAUUGUCCUGUAUUAAAAGAUGUGGAUGUGUUUCAUUGCGACGAACUCCCACUAUUUAAGCCAAAGGCUCUAAAUAACCGAGAUAAUGUCCCAGUUGAUACACUACCCCUUCUGUCAAUUGAAAAGGUUGCUACCAAUACAGGGGAGCUUAUUCUGAAUUGCAAGGAUGUCACCAUGUUAUGCAGCGGUGAACUUAAUGAUGGGCCUAUCUACAAAGUGAAAGCUCUUCGCUUGCGAUGUUUUCAUGAUGAAUCUGUCAAAUUUUCAACUGGUUUCCUUCAAAGAUUUAUCAAUCUCAAAAACCUUAAGGUGACAUGUAGUUCCUUCACAUAUAUAUUUUCGAGUGGAAGCGAAUGGACUGGACAUUCUGAAACAAUUAUGAAGUUGGAAAGUUUAGAACUCAUUAAGUUACAAAACCUCGAAUUUAUAUGUGAAGAGAAUUUUGAGGUGCACCCUGUUCUUCAAGAUAUUGAAAGAUUGGUAGUAAAUUCAUGCUCUAGACUAAAGAAUAUAUUUCCGUCGUCAUUUCUAUUUGAGAAUUUACAGAAAUUGGUGGUGGGCCAUUGUGCUGGAUUGGAAAGUAUUAUGAAACCAUCAACAGCUAGAAGUUUACAAAAUCUUAAAGAAUUAUACAUACAUUGUUGUGGAAAGAUUGAAGAAAUAGUAGCAAGUGAUGAUGAGAAUGAUGCUUCUGAGCUAAUUUUUAUGAAAUUGGAGUUUUUGCAACUGAGUAAUUUACCAACGCUAAGAAGUUUUUGCAAGGGAAAACAUGGCUUCAAAUUUCCACUACUGCCGAAGUUAUUUGUAAUAAAUUGUCCCAUGAUGGAAACUUUCUCACAUGGAGUGUUGAAUGCACCUAAGCUUCGAGCAGUACAUGUGAAGAGACAAGGUGAAUGUCAUUGGAAUGGUGACAUUAAUACUACUAUAAGAAAAUUUGCUGCGAAAAAAGAACUCUAAGGAUGAAUGAGUUUGUCCUCAAAAUUUGAAUGAAGGCUCAAGUCGAUAAUUCCUCGCAACCACCUGGGUGUAUCGACAUGUUUUGGGUGUGAGGUUAAUCGCUAAUGGCACAAAGCGUUUACAACCAUCAUGGUGUAUCGCGUUUUUGAGAUUGAAUGAGUGGAUUUUAAUGGCAGCUACUUCAGAAGUUACUAUGAGUGUCGCUUUCUACAUUUCUAGUUUUGUUACUAUGCAUUGAUUUGUUCAUAAGCGUUCUCCUGGAUGCAUGUAGAGUGUCUCUACAGAACCUACUUGUUUAUUUGCUUGUCUGGUAUUUUACAGCAGAAUACAUAACCUAUGUAUGAAUACACUAUUUGUCUCAUUACUAAUUUUAGUCUCGAGAGAUAUGCAAAUAUACCUGUAGUUUUAAUAAA